ACUCAGACUUUUUUGUCCCGCUAACGUGCCUUGUCUCCUUCCGCCCUCAACGGUCUCCUUCUUCUCGUGAUUGGCUCUGACAGCUCACGUGCCCCUUUACGUAAGUCACGUGCUCCUAGCCUUUUGUUCUGCGCGGAGCCUUUCCCGCUCAGCGUCCUUUUUUGUGACGGUGGUUAUAGCGCGAUAGCCGUUUUCCGCUUCCGGCUUUUGCUGUGGCGCCUCCUGGUGGCGGUUUCAGAGCUUUCCCGCCUUUUCCUCUUCUUCCUGCCACUUGUCUUCCUCGGCGGGGCUCUCUGAAGGAGCUGUUGUGCCGUGAGAUGGAAAAAGAGGCGCCCGAGUCUGUUGCCGGCGAAGGGGAAAGAAACGCCGAGGAGCCUGUCGUGUCGCUGGCCGAGGUGCUGGCCGAGAACGAGGAGCUCGAGAAAGAGGCGCGCGCCGUGCUGGGCGGGAGCGACCACGAACGUUGCAGCUAUUCUCAGGGAGCAGUGAAGCGGCAAGCCCUGUAUGCGUGCAGUACAUGUACCCCACCAGGAGAAGAACCAGCAGGGAUCUGUUUAGCAUGCAGUUAUGAAUGUCAUGGAACACACAAACUAUUUGAGCUGUAUACAAAAAGAAACUUCCGCUGUGAUUGUGGAAACAGUAAAUUCAAAAAUUUGCAGUGCAAGCUACUUCCUGAAAAGGCGAAGUUGAAUCCAGGAAAUAAGUAUAACCACAAUUUCUAUGGUUUGUAUUGCGUCUGUAAAAGACCUUACCCAGAUCCAGAAGAUGAGAUUCCAGAUGAAAUGAUCCAGUGCAUAAUUUGUGAAGAUUGGUUUCAUGGAAGGCAUCUUGGUGCUGUUCCUCCAGAUAGUGGGGACUUUCAUGAAAUGGUGUGUCAGGCAUGCAUGGAUCGCUGUCCAUUCCUAUGGAGCUAUGCCUCUCAGUUAGCAGUUCCCACUGUGACCAAAGUUACCCCUGCUGCUGAAGAGGGUGCUGCGCUGAAUGUUGAAGAAGCUGAAGAAAUUAAAAAGGAAAACCGUACAGACUGCCACAUAAAGACUGAAGAAGAGAAAGUAGUACCGAGUAAUGAGCCAUCCACCAGCUCUGGCACUGAAUGUUCAGAGGCAGUUAAGAAUGAAACACCCACCUGCAAGCUGCAAGAACUUCAAACCAAUCAACACCUAAAGACCAACACGGCCACAUUUUGGCCUCACAACUGGCGGAGCAAAUUGUGCACUUGCAAAGAAUGUGUGAAGAUGUACUUGGAUCUGGAAGUCUCAUUCCUAACAGAUGAAUGUGAUACUGUCUUGGCCUAUGAAGAUAAAGGGACUAGUGACCAGGAAGCGGACAGGAGAGAUCCCCUGAUGGACACACUUAGCAGCAUGAAUAGAGUCCAGCAAGUAGAGCUCAUCUGUGAAUAUAAUGACCUGAAAACAGAGUUAACAGACUAUCUGAGAAGGUUUGCAGAUGAAGGAACUGUUGUUAAGAGAGAGGACAUCCAUCAAUUCUUUGAAGAAUUUCAAUCUCGAAAGAGGAGGAGGACAGACCAGAUGCAGUAUUACUGCAGCUAGACUGGCUUGGACGUCUCUGCUAGCUUUCCACUCCUCUCUCCCCUCUCUGAUUUAAUCUACUUUCUUACGGCCUAGACAUGUUCUCUAAUGUGAGAGCAGCUGUACUAAACAAAACAAAACACAGAAUCAUGGGUUUUUUAGAAUGUGGGGGGGGGUUGUGUGGAAGGGGAUGUUAUUUGAUUAAGGUUACUUGAACUUUGGCCCUAGAUAUCCUUUAGGCUUAUUUUUAGUGUCAAAGGUACAUGUUUAGAAAAGGAACAGCAAUCCUCCUGAACUGGUAUAGGUGAACUAUUUUUCAUGUGUGUGGUUUUUAAAAAUUAGAUCAGUGUGCUUGGCAUAUUAAUAUUUAGGAUCAAGGUGUGCCCCAUGUGAUACAGACCUCUCAUCUUUUAACAUAAGGGUUUGUAUCUGCUUGGUUUAAAUGUGUAUCCAUUUUAAUUUCUGCUCUAUGGUCUGGUCUGUUGGCUUCUGCUUCUGAAAAGCUACCCAUGCCAAAUGUGAAUUCAUGAGCUGUUUCUGAACUAAAAUUUCUAAUCCGUUAGAAAAGAACAAGGCUGUCCCUUUGACACACGAGUACUUAUUCCAGACAGUAGUUCCUUGUUGGAAAAAAUCACUUCUCCUGUAUAGGGUUGCUAUCAGUUUCCCUCACCCGCCUAACAGAAUGUAAAUGAAAUGCCUGCUGCAGGCUGGUUCUGUUAGGUUCUGUUUUUAGACCAAAGGGGAGAUCUCAGUGUUUGGAAAAUGACACACUUGUAUUAGUUUGUAAAUGGUUAAAAGGAGAUAGAUUACAAGGUUAUUUACUAACUGUAAAAUAUGAAGUUUUGAUCUUUUUUGUAGAGAAACUUAACAGGUGUACUACAAAGGAUGUUAACCAACUUAAAUUGGAUCGGUUUUUAUGAACCUGACCAUCUCUUAAGUAGGCUAAGCAAGCAAAGUGCAUAUGUUCACAGAUCAAUGCAAUAGUUGCUUAAGCAGGCACAGCCAGUACAUACAAUAUUUGGGGAUCUCUCUACUGUAGUUAAGAGAAGGCACUGGGCCAUUCAUGUUCCAUAUUGGUUUUAAACAGGUUAAGCAAUAUAGUGGCACUUUGAACAGUGUCAGUGUCAGAUUACCACUUGGGAUGAGGAAGGCUGCAUAAAUUCACUUGUGAGAAAGAGUAUGAUUCUGGAACUUGUUUCUACUUAGUCAUACAUGAGAGAGACCCUGUAUAUUGUUGUGGCGGCAGCCUGACUGGCUAGGGAAAUGUAAAUAUCAUGCAAAUAACGCUCCAUUUAUUUUGUGCUUUAAUAAGUGGUGGGAGUUAUAUGCUUAAAAGAUCCCCCCCACAUCAAAUAUUCACAUUCUAAUUGGUUCAGAAUAUUAAGUGAAAAGUCUUAUCUGUUCAGCAAGGAUACUGGGGGAGUGUAUCGCUGAGCCACAUCUGUAUUGGCAAGAAGCUCAGCUCUACAUUUCUUGAUACAGAAUAAUGCAGCUCGCCUAUGAGAGCAGAACAGAGAAAGGAAGCGAGUUUUACAGUUUGAAAAGGGUAUCUUUUGGGCUAGGGGAAUGAAGGUGUAGUUUAUUUUAUGUACACAACUGGAAGUGGAAUCAGCUAGAGUGUAUACUAUUAACCAACCAAUAA